UUUACGGACCUGGAGCGGGAUGGCUGUUCGCACAUGCCUCAGGAUAUUUUUAUUUUGUUUGAUGAUUUCGAAAGUGACCGGACUGCCGUUUCCUCAAAUAGCUUUGGAAGGGGGAAAACAUUUUGCUCGCAUCCAACGGGAGGCCCUCAUUCAGAAGCUGCUUACAGAGGACUUAUAUGGCAUAGCCAAAAAUGUCAUCGUCUUCAUUGUGGACGGGAUGGGAUUGCCACUUGUGGCAGCAUCUCGAAUUUACAAGGGACAAAUGAAGGGGAAUCCCGGAGAGGAGACCAUGCUGUCUUUUGAGAAGUUCCCCAAUAUCGGUUUGAUGAAGACUUACUGCGUGGACAGCCAAGUUGGAGAUUCCAGUUGCACAGCUACCGGUAUUAUGACAGGUGUUGGAGGUUUGUUCAAGACUGUUGGCAUUGAUGCACACGGAAAACAUGGGGAUUGCCAUGCUACCCUCAAAGUGAAGCGUCACUUCCCGACUUCCAUCAUGACACAUGCUCAAAAUGCCGGCAAGGGGACUGCCAUUGGCAUAGCAUUGGUGCACAACAUUGUAGCAAUGCCUGUUUGGCCACUGUCCAAUGUCUGGGAACCAGACAUUGCGUCAUAA